AUGGAGCAGAAUGCUACACUGAUGCAGCAAAACCAGAAUGCUUUGCAGAGUUUGGAGGCCGCUCGCGCCAACUCUGAAACGACUCAGCGGCAGUUAAUGGAGAUUCUUGCUGCUACCAGGGGCACUUCAGGAGCGUCAUCUUCAAACGCUGCCCAACCUGCUGCUGAGUGGAGCUUGGAGAGUUUCCUCCAACACCGUCCUGCAAAAUUCAGUGGAAAAUGCCUUCCUGAUGAGGCGGACCAGUGGCUGAGGGAUAUGGAGCGUAUUUACAACGCUAAGAGGUGUUCGGAUGACAACCGGUUAGCCUUUACAAAAUACCUGCUGACUGGUGAAGCUAGCCACUGGUGGACGAGCAUGAAAGCUAUUUUGACGGACGCUAAGAGUCCCAUCACUUGGGCGGUUUUCAGAAAUAAGUUCUAUGAGGAGUACUUCCCAGACAGCGUUCGUUACGCUAAGGAAGUUGAGUUCCUUCAACUGGUGCAAGGAGCGAAGACUGUGUCGGAGUAUACCAACACGUUCAAACACCUGUUGAGAUUCAAUACCAUGGCGACCAGUGAGGUAUGGCAGUGCAGAAAGUUUGAAAACGGGCUGAGGAGUGAUCUGAAGGUGUUAAUCUCCAGCUUGUGUAUUCGGUCUUUCCCUGCAAUGGUCGAGAGGACCAAAGUAUUGGAGAAAAAUAUGGCAGAGGCCGAACAACAGAAGAACCAACAAGCAACCAGAGGACCAAUUCUAUCAAGGACGAACCUGAAUCGGAAUAGGACACCGUACGCGCGUCCAGUUCAGUCUAGUGGUUCUCAAGCUUUGGUGGUUGCUGGACAGUCUGGACAGCAGGGGGCGAUUAAAUGUUUCCAGUGUGGAGGACCCCAUUUCAGAUCAGUCUGUCCUCAGUUGGUAGGAGGAAAGUAUUGCACUCGAUGUAGAAGAAACGGACAUUUGGAGAAAGAGUGCAAUAUGGGAGGUCGAGCGAUCAUGAGGCCACCGAACGCUUGA